AUGUCCGAUCCCGCGCUCGACACGCUCAUCCUUCCUCUGGAAACGGAGAAUAUUGAACUUCACCCAGGCGCGAAGGUCCUGUUUCUGCGUGCCCGUUAUGGCCUAGCCUUGAAUGCCUUGAAUGGACUGGAUCUUCUGUGCGUUCAAAGUUUCGCACCCGAUCGCGAUGCCCUGCAAAAGGCGGGUCUGAAGGUGAGCGCCGAGCCUGGGGAAGGGAAAUUCGAUGCCGUGCUUGUUCUCCCCGGCCGUCAAAGACAGGAAGCGCGGGCGCAAUUGGCAGAGGCUGUUUCCAGGGUAACAACCGGCGGUAUCGUGAUCGCCAGUGCCCCCAACACCGAAGGCGCCAGGACGCUGGAGAGGGAUCUUGCCGAUCUUCUCGGCAAUACGGAAAAUCUCUCGAAGAACAAAUGCCGUGUCGUCUGGGCCACCUCUCAUGCCGACAGCGUCAACCAGGCGCUUCUGAAAGACUGGCUGGCCAUUGAUGUUGCUCGGCCGGUGCUGGACGGAGCGUAUGUCAGCCGCCCGGGCCUGUUUGCCUGGGACCGCGUCGAUCCGGCCUCGAAGAUCCUUGGCAACCUGGUGCCGGAUACACUCAAGGGAAAGGGAGCCGACCUCGGGGCGGGCUUUGGCUACCUCGCGCGAACAGUUCUGGAAAAGGCCCCGAAAGUGUCCGCAAUGGAUCUUUAUGAAGCUGAAAAACGCGCACUCGACCUUGCGGAGCAGAACCUUGGCGGCUUCAAGGGCAAGCGACGUCUGAACGGUUUCUGGUGCGACGUGACAAGGGGGAUUGAGGGUCCUUACGACUUCAUCGUUUCCAAUCCGCCGUUUCACCAGGCGGGCAGGGCGGAUCGCGCUGAUGUCGGUCAGGGGUUCAUCCGGGCCGCAGCAGCGGGUUUGCGCCCGGGAGGCGAACUCUUCAUGGUUGCCAACCGUCACCUGCCUUACGAACAGACACUGACCGAGGUAUUUGCAGACGUCAGGCAACUGGCUGACGAGGGCGGCUACAAGGUUAUCCGCGCGGUCAAGGGCAAGGGAAGGCGCUAG